AGCUCUGGCUCUAGUUCGAAGACUUGGAACUACCACACUGAAACCGAGCUCGUAAUCAAAAGCAAAAACGACAUCAUUGUCAUCGUCGUUCAUUGUGAUCGUCAAAGCAAUAACAAUGUCCGACUCCUCGUCCAUCGACGUCUUCGAUUUCGUGGUGAAAGAAGGGAACGGAAUAAAAGCUCUGGUAGUCGACAAUGGCUUCCACACCCUCCCUCACCAAUACAUCCAACCCCUGGAAGAACGAUUCCACACCACCACCACCCUCAAAACGGCGUCGCAUCAAUCCGUACCGGUCAUAGACGUCUCCGAUUGGGACGAUCCUGGAGUCGCAGAAUCGAUCUGCGAGGCGGCAAUCAAGUGGGGUUUCUUCCAGAUCGUGAAUCAUGGAGUGCCAUUGGAUGUUCUGGACCAAGUCAUGGAUUCUGCCACUAGGUUUUUCGAAUCGCCGAUUGAGGAGAGAAAAAUGUAUCUGAGAGCGAAUUCACCAUCGGAGACUGUGUGCUUUGCCACGAGCUUCAACCCUCUUGUCGAGAAGGUUAUGGAGUGGAAAGACUACCUCACUAUGCUUUUCGUGGAUGAUGACCAAGCUUCUGCAUUUUGGCCUCCUGUGUGCAGGGAGGAAGCCAGAGAAUACAUGAAGAGGGUUGAAGUUGUGAUCAAAAGGUUACUGCAAGUGCUGUUGAAGAGGAUCAAUGUGAAGGAAGAGAUAGGAAAAGAAACAGAGUACAUGUUGAUGGGUGCCAUGAGGAUCAACUUCAACUACUAUCCGCCAUGUCCCAACCCAGAGCUGGUGGCGGCAAUCGGCCGCCACUCCGAUGUAUCAACAAUCACCGUCCUCCUCCAAGAUAACACCGGUGGCCUCUAUGUUCGCGGUGAAGGCGAUAGCUGGAUCCAUGUACCUCCCAUUGAUGGAGCAUUGGUGAUCAACAUUGGAGAUGUGUUGCAGAUAAUGAGCAAUAACCUCUACAAGAGCGUUGAGCAUAGAGCAGUAGCUGAUAGAAACAAGAGCAGAAUCUCUAUCCCUAUCUUUGUGAACCCAGGUCCCGAUGCACUUAUAGGACCUCUACCACAAGUUUUGGAGAAUGGUGAAAAACCUAUGUAUAAACCGAUAGUAUAUUCUGAUUACUUCAAACUUUUCUUUAGUAAGCCUCAUGAUGGUAAGAAUGCCAUGGAGUUUGUCAAGAUUUGAGGCAAUACAGAUAUCUA